CGCUAACAGAAACAGACGAAUCUAAGAAAAGUAGUACAAUACCAAAUAUGGCCAAAGGUGUAGUUGAUCUUUACACAUCAUUGUUGUUAGAGUUUCACCAUUAUCUACUAUGCAAAUACG